AUGCCGGGGCUGGGGUCGGCUGGCUCCAACUCCACUCAGCAGCAGCCACAGCUGCUGCAGCAGCAGCCGCUGCAUAAGCUGCAGCAGCAACAGCUGCUGCAGCAGAAGCAGCAGCACCAAAUGUGUGCGAGCAGCCUGCAGAAGGACACAACAGCAGCAGAAAAAUCGGGGGCCCCUAGCAGCAGCAGCAGCAACUGCUGCAGCCACAAGGCGAGCUCGAAGGAGAACAUAGCUUGCUGCAACAGCAGCGCCGCCUGCAGCAGCAGCAGCGCCUACAGCAGCAGCACCGCCUGCAGCAGCAGCAGCAGCAGCAGAAGGCGAGACAGCAGCGAGCAGGCGCAGCCCUCAGCCAUUGAAGAAGAUGUGUCGCUGCAGUGUGGCCUCCACGCCUACCGCUUUUCCCUAAGGGACUUCGACAUUGGAGGUUAUCUACUGCCGUUGGUUUUGGUUGUGUGA